AUGAAAAAAUUUCUUUCGGCCAUAAAGAAUGUGACAGACCCUGAAAAAAUGGCGAAGUUUGGAGCCUAGAAACUGGAAAACUUCGCUGAUUACUUAGAUCCCAACAAUGAGAAGUCCUCUCAAUAAAUUCCGUUUAUGGUAAUAGCCAUAAAUAAAAUUUAUUCUAGAUCACCAGAUAAAUGAAAUACGAUCUUAUGGAAUUGGGUUACAAUUAUGAAGACAUUAAAAAAAUGACUCCAACUUAUGCCACCAAUCUAUUGUCAAAUCAAAUUUAAAAAAAAUAGAAGUGA